AUGCCUGUUGUUCCCAUCCUCCCUUACCGGAGCUGCUUUAAACUGAUUCUACGUCUUGAACCAGGAACGGUAGACUCAUUUGACGAACUGAAGCAGAUUUUUCUCAAUCACUUCAUGAUCCAGACGGACCGUCUAUACUCUACAGUCGAUUUGUACACGGUUCGGCAGAGAAAAGACAAACCAUUAUGGGAAUACGUUGCGCGCUUCAGUCAUGAAUACUUGAGGUGUUCGGAAACGGAUGAUAGGGCAGCCUACGGCGCCUUCAAGAGUGGCCUCCGGUCCUCUCACUUUCAGUAUCUCGUGCACAGUAGCAACUGGCGCACAUAUGACGAACUAAUGAAGCAGGCGGCAGUCCACGCUAAGGCUGAAUAUUUCAACUCCAAGUCCGGGCCUUCGACUCGGCAGGAGGAAUCAGCACCAAAGAGCUAUCCUGGGUGGACUGACGACUCUUUAGCAGGUCACAAGCGAAAGGACGACCGUGAUAAUCGACAAGGGAGCUCAAAGAAGGGGCGUGGGAAAUACAGUCAUAACGACCACCGAGCGCCACUACCGAAUCACGACCGCGCUCAGGAAGUCUUCACUCUGUUGAAUACUACAUAUUAG